CCGCAACAGAUUGGUUGUCAAACUCUCUUUUCUCUUCCACAUCUUGUGUGAGGACGUAGUGUCGCGUGAAAUUCUCGUAAAGUUUUGCAUUUUUCGAGUUAAAUUCCUAAUUCCGCAACCAUGGCCGAUACGACCGAAGCCGAGGGAGUUAAGAAGAAGCGCGCGUUCCGCAAAUUCACCUACCGCGGAGUGGAUUUGGACCAGCUUCUCGAUAUGAAGCAGGAUCUUCUGAUGGAGCUGAUGCACAGCCGUGCCAAGCGCCGCCUCAACCGUGGAACCCGCAGGAAGCCGGUGGCCCUCAUCAAGAAGCUGCGCAAAGCCAAGAAGAACGCCCCGCCGAAUGAGAAGCCGGCCAUCGUCAAGACCCAUCUGCGUAACAUGAUCAUCGUCCCGGAGAUGGUCGGUUCGAUCGUUGGUAUUUACAACGGCAAGACCUUCAACCAGGUCGAAGUUAAGCCGGAAAUGAUCGGCCACUACCUUGGGGAGUUCUCGCUGACCUACAAGCCGGUCAAGCACGGUAGGCCCGGUAUCGGUGCCACCCACAGCUCCCGUUUCAUUCCUCUGAAGUAGGGCGGACUGGUGUGUUUAACGAUAUAUUAUUUUUCUUGUAAGUAGAAGUGCCGGUGAUGAAAAUACAAAAAGGAUUGUAAACAAAUACGCCGG